UAGUUCGUGAUGCCCUUUGGUCUUUGGAACCAAAGAUGAAGAGGAAUGGUGACAUUCAGUCCUUUUUUCGGAAUUAUGAGGCUGCUAAAAGAAAGAAGGUUGCAGCCGAAGAGCAACCUGAAGAUAUAGUGUCAAAUAUUGAAGAUGAAGCAGUCCAUUCUCCACCUCCAGUCCAUUCUGCAGAGAUUGAAUUUGAUAUUGAAGAUGAAGCAGUCCAUUCCGAUGCAGAGAUUGAAAGUGAUUGUGAAGAUGAAGCAGUCCAUUCUCCGUGUGCAAGGCCAUAUAAUAUUCAAAGGCUUCCUCCUGGUCCAGGGGAGAGGAUUCCUAUUUCACAGUAUGAUGUCGAUGAUCAAGAUGAAGUUCGGAGACGAUACAUUGCAAAGCAAGCAGUCCAACCAUAUGCACACAACUUUCAAGUCAGAAAAAUCUAUGGAAAAUCGAAUGGGGGGCCUAGGGGUGAUGCCUUUGUUAAUGGUGGUUGGAAAAAUUGGUAUAAGCCCGAUGCAUUGGUCAAACAUGUUGGUGGUAUUAAUAGCAUUCACAACAAAGCUCAAGAGAAGUACAAUUUAUUUGUGGCACCCCAACCAUCAAUUGAUAACAUUAUGGUGAGGGUGGAUAAAGAGGAUUUGCGUAUGUACAAGGCUAGGCUGACUUAUUCACUUAGAUGCUUGAGGUUUCUUUUGAACCAAGGAUUGGCAUUUCGUGGACAUGAUGAGAGUGAAGAAUCUAGCAAUAGGGGGAACUUUCUUGAACUUCUUAAAUGGCUUUCGGAAAAUGAUGAAGAAGUUAAUAAACUUGUUUUGAACAAUGCUCCUGGGAAUUGCAUCUUGACUAGUCCAAAGAUACAAAAUCAAAUAAUUGAAUGUUGUGCGGCGCAAACAACUAAAAGAAUUAUUGAAGAUAUUGGUGACGACCACUAUGCAAUCCUAGCUGAUGAGUCUAGUGAUGCAUCUCAUAAAGAACAACUUGCUCUCUGCAUACGAUUUGUUGACAAAUCGGGAAGAGGAUGUGAGAGGUUCCUUGGAGUUGUUCGUGUUGCCAAUACAACUUCAUUGUCACUUAAGGAUGCAAUUCAAACUUUGCUUAAAGAUCAUCAUUUGACUCCUAGUCAAAUACGCGGGCAAGGAUAUGAUGGGGCUAGCAACAUGAAAGGGGAGAUUAAAGGGUUGAAAACAUUGAUCAUGAAAGAGUCACCCUCUGCCUAUUACAUCCAUUGUUUUGCACAUCAACUUCAGUUGGUUCUUAUAGCUGUGGCAAAGGACAAUGAACCAUGUUUGUGGUUCUUUGAUCAUGUUUCUUACUUGCUCAAUAUUGUUGGAGUUUCUUGUAAGCGCCAUGACAUGCUUCGAGAUGUUAGAGCUCAAAAGGUGUUGGAAGCACUUGAAAUGGGUGAGAUUGAAAGUGGAAGUGGGCUAAAUCAAGAGAUGGGACUAGCUAGACCCGGCGAUACUCGUUGGGGUUCUCAUUUUAAAACCAUUAUGCACAUUGUUAGCAUGUAUUCCACAAUCCUUGAAGUACUUGAUGCUAUUGGAAAAGAUCCUUCACAAAAAAGUGAGUGGACAAGAAUACGUGGAGUUGCUCAAGCCUUUGAAUCAUUUGACUUUGUUUUCAAUCUUCACUUGAUGCUUGUUAUUCUUGGCUAUACAAAUGAGUUGUCCAAAUCUUUGCAAAAGAGAGAUCAAGAUAUUGUCAAUGCAAUGACACUUGUUAGUUUGGCAAAGAGUAGAAUGCAACACAUGAGGUCUCAUGGUUGGGAAGAUUUCUUGCAAAGCUAACCUUAUUUUGCAACAAACAUGACAUUCAAGUUCCUUUGUGGGAGGAUAUUUAUGAGCCUAAUCGAAGAUCACGUCGGUAUUAUGAAGUACAAACAAAUGAUGAUCGUUAUAGAAGAGAAGUAUAUCUUGGUGUCAUUGAUCAAACCAUUCAAGAGCUUGACAAUCGGUUUGAUGACGUUAAUACGGAGUUGCUUAUUUGUAUGUCGGCUUUGAAUCCCCUCAAUUCAUUUGCUUCUUAUGAUGCACUCAAGGUAAUGAGACUUGCUGAAUUCUAUCCCAUGGACAUUUCAAGCACAGAUUUGAUAAGGCUAGAAUUUCAACUUACUAAUUUUAUUGAUGAUAUGAGACAAGAUGAUAGGUUUAGAAAUGCAAGUAAUAUUGGUGAGCUCUCUAUUAUGCUUGUUGCAACAAAGAAGCAUGUUCUUUAUGAUUUGGUCUACUUACUCAUCAAAUUGAUAUUGAUUUUACCGGUGGCGACGGCGAGUGUUGAAAGAGUAUUUUCAGCAAUGAAUCUAGUGAAAAAUAAGUUGAGGACUACUAUGAGUGAUGAUCGCUUGAAUGAUUGCUUGGUGACAUUUAUUGAACGGGAUGUGUUCAUGGAAGUAAGCGAAGAUGACAUAGUUGAUGCUUUCAUGACAAUGCAAAAACGUAGAGUUACCUAGUGAUGUAAGUUUCUACUUAUGCUUCUUCCAUGUAAGACUACUCCUAUUGUAAUUGAGCACAUUUGAGAUAUAUUUUGUGAACUAAAUUGUUGUGAGAUUUGCAUUAAGCUACUCAUGUUAUUAUUUUGCCAUAUUUUGUCUGACCCAUGGAUUAGGUGGGAAAAAUUUUUAGAGUGUGCACACCCUUCA